AUGGACACAAGAAGUGAUCCAAAAAGCGGUUCAAAGGAGAGGAAGUUUUAUGUGAGUAAAGCGAAGAACCAGUUAAUGCUAUCGGAAUGGUUGGUCCAAACACCUGAAGAUUUUGCCACAAAUUGGUAUUUAGUGUUGUGUCCGGUGGGCAAGAGGUGUCUCGUGGUGUCCACAAGGGGUCAGACAAAGGUUUACUCGCGAACGGGAUAUUUGAUGACAACGUUGAGGACAAGACUUCCCGGAGGAGACACUAAGACAUCGAAAGACUCGAAACACAACUCCAUUCUCGACUGUAUUUACAGCCAAUCAGAGAGAGUGUAUUACGUGUUGGAUGUGAUCUCUUGGAAUGGAUGCCAUUUCGAUGGAUGCGAUACUGAGUUCAGGUUCUUCUGGUUGAACUCCAAACUGCGCGAAGAAUGUCCGGAAGUGAUACAAAGAACUCAUUGCAAUUCAUAUCCAUUUGUUGUACUCAAGCAUUACGGGUGCACUGAAUCCGAGAUAGUGUCCACUCUUAAGGCGCCCAAACAGUUCUCGUCAGCACUGGACGGCCUACUCUUCUUCCAUAAGAUGUCUCAUUACACCCCAGGAGUCACCCCUUUAGUCAAUUGGCUUAAACCACACAUGCUUUCAGACAUUCUCAACAUUCAUAUCGAUUAA